AUGCGAUUGGCCGAGUCCUCCACCAAUGGGAGGCCCAGCUCCAUGGCAACAGGCUCUGUCACCAAGAGAAAACCAGAAAGCUCCCUCAACACCCCCAUCUCUCUCUACCUCCCAGCUACCUCCCUCCCAGCACCCAGCUACCUCCCUCCCAGCACCCAGCUACCUCCCUCCCAGCACCCAGCUCCAUCCCUCCCAGCUCCAUCCCUCCCAGCUCCCUCUCAGCUACCUCCCAGCUACCUCCCUCCCAGCACCCAGCUACCUCCCAGCUACCUCCCCACCCAGCUACCUCCCAGCUACCUCCCAGCUACCUCUCCCUCCCUCUCAGCUACCUCCCAGCUACCUCCCUCCCCCAGCACCCAGCUACCUCCCACCCAGCUACCUCCUCCCAGCACCCAGCUACCUCCCACCCAGCCCUUCCUCCCAGCAUCCAGCUACCUCCCUCCCUCCCACUACCUCCCUCCCAGCAUCCAGCUACCUCCCAGCUACCUCCCUCCCUCUCAGCUACCUCCCAGCUACCUCCCUCCCUCUCAGCUACCUCCCAGCUACCUCCCUCCCUCUCAGCUACCUCCCAGCUACCUCCCAGCUACCUCCCUCCCUCUCAGCUACCUCCUUCCCUUCCUCCCCCGCUCCCUUCAUCCAGCCAGCCAGCCCUCACUGCAACAAGCCCACACUGCAACAAGCCCACACCGCAGCACUGCAACAAGCCCACACCGCAGCACUGCAACAAGCCCACACCGCAGCACUGCAGCAAGCCCACACCGCAGCAAGCCCACACUGCAGCACUGCAACAAGCCCACACUGCAGCACUGCAACAAGCCCACACCGCAGCACUGCAACAAGCCCACGCCGCAGCACUGCAGCAAGCCCACACCGCAGCAACAGCCCACACUGCAGCACUGCAACAAGCCCACACUGCAGCACUGCAGCACAAGCAAACCACACUGCAGCACUGCAACAAGCCCACACCGCAGCACUGCAACAAGCCCAGCACUGCAGCACCUCAGCACUGCACACACAGCACCUCAGCACUGCAACAAGCCGCAGCACUGCAACAAGCCGCAGCACUGCAAGCCCAACUGCGCAGCACUGCAACAAGCCGCAGCACUGCAACAAGCCCAGCACUGCAACAAGCCCAAACUGCAACAAGCCCACACAACAAGCCCACACAACAAGCCAACAAGCCCACAACAGCACCUCAGCACUGCAACAAGCCGCAGCACUGCAACAAGCCGCAGCACUGCAACAAGCCCAAACUGCAACAAGCCGCAGCACUGCAACAAGCCCAAACUGCAACAAGCUGCAGCACUGCAACAAGCCCACACAACAGCACCUCAGCACUGCAACAAGCCGCAGCACUGCAACAAGCCACAGCACUGCAACAAGCCACAGCACUGCAACAAGCCACAGCACUGCAACAAGCCCAAACUGCAACAAGCCCACACAACAGCACCUCAGCACUGCAACAAGCCGCAGCACUGCAACAAGCCCAAACUGCAACAAGCCCCUGCCACAGCACCGCAACAAGCCCACACUGCAACACUGCAACAAGCCCACACUGCAACAAGCCCACACUGCAACAAGCCCACACUGCAACAAGCCCACACUGCAACACUGCAACAAGCCCACACUGCAACAAGCCCACACCGCAGCACUUCAACAAGCCCACACUGCAACAAGCCCACACAGCAGCACCUCAGCACUGCAACAAGCCCAAACUGCAAAAAGCCGCAGCACGGCAACAAGCCUAAACUGCAACAAGCCCACACAACAGCACCUCAGCACUGCAACAAGCCGCAGCACUGCAACAAGCCCAAACUGCAACAAGCCCCUGCCACAGCACCACUGCAACAAGCCCACACUGCAACAAGCCCACAGUGCAACAAACCCACACUGCAACACUGCAUCAAGCCCACACUGCAACAAGCCCACACUGCAACACUGCAACAAGCCCACACUGCAACAAGCCCACACCGCAGCACUUCAACAAGCCCACACUGCAACAAGCCCACACAGCAGCACCUCAGCACUGCAACAAGCCCAAACUGCAACAAGCCCACACAACAGCACCGCAGCACUGCAACAAGCCGCAGCACUGCAACAAGCCCAAACUGCAACAAGCCCAAACUGUAA